AUGAUGGACCCUUCUUCCGGCUUCACGCCCAAGAGAGCUCUUGCUAGCUGGUCGCACGCCGAACUCUUACAGAACUACCGCGAACUGUACGCAGAGUACGAAAAGUCCGCGACGGUCGCCGCGCAGUUCGACGGCCACAGGUUACCCUUUGGACGAGAGCGCAACCUUCACAACCUAGUCAAUGCACGAGCGAAGGUGGAGCAUGACAUCAAGAGGCUCAAAGGGGCGUACCAAGAAGAGUGGAUGAAACUAGCGUGUCAGAAUCUCGAUGCGAAGCUCCGUGAGGCACUCGAACAAAGUCGAGACACACUGGCAGCUGUCUUGGAUGAGAAUCGCCGUCCUCCGGCCGAUACGCUGAUGAAAGAGAAGGCAGAGUUGCAAAAUGAGAAGAGUAACCUGCUGUUGCAGUUGCGAGAGUUGUUGUACAGAUAUAAAGAGCUGCUGGAGAAGCAGAAGAAAGGGGAGAAUGAUUGCAAUGUCAGCAAUGUGCAAGAGGUGGAAGGCGAGAGAGACCUGCUUCGAGAAGACCUCGACAUUGCUCGGGUGGAGUGUGAGAAGUUGAGACAAGAAGUAAAAUACCUUCAGGAGAUAUUCGGGGUAAAGGAUUAG